AUGGAGCCGUUUGGUGGUCCGAUUCCAGGAGACGAAAAGCGAGAAUAUGAUGAAUUUUCUUGCCUCAACCUAACUAUCACGGCACCAGUGUCGGUUUUGAAGUCUGGGAGUACCAAAAAAGUACCCGUCAUGGUAUAUGUCCACGGCGGAGGCUUUACAGUUGGUGCGCACUACGGUGGCCCUAAUGGUAACUCGCUUACUGUCCUAUUCAGUUUUACAAGAUGUCAAUUUAACAUGAACCUGGCAGAUACAACAAGAAUGGUGACGCAAGCAUGCGAGGACUCGAGACCCAUUAUCGUAGUUAGCAUUCACUAUCGACUUCACUUCCUAGGAUUUCUGGCCUGCCAAGACCUCGUCGACGAAGCUGCAAGCCUCAACGAGGAUCCCUGCAAUUUUGCACUAUACGACCAACGUCUGGCCUUCCAAUGGGUUCAAAAGUUCAUUUCGGGUUUUGGGGGUGACAUCAACAGGAUCACCGCGUUCGGCGAAAGCGCUGGCAGUUCCUCACUCGCCUUCCAUUUGAGCUCUAACGUCCCCCUCUUCGAUCGAGCCAUUCUACAAUCCGGAACUGCAUCGGCAAUCAGUCCCAAACCCCUCGCGAACAAGGAAGAAGAAUAUCAGGCACUACUUGACUUCUGUGGAAUCAGUGUAGAUGAUCCUCAGCGCCUCGAAAAGCUCAGAGCUGUGCCAACUGACAAGAUUGUUGAGGCAGCCUCGUCUAUCAACAAGGCAGCCUUUUCACCACUGGCCGACAAGAGCUUCUUUCCAGUUAUUCCCAAUUAUCUCAACCAUGCAAAGAUAGUAUCCGAUUGCUCUUGGGUCGAUGCUAUCAUCACGGGUGACGCAGUUUUUGAGGGCUAUCUGUUUGCGCACAACCUCAUGGCAGUGCGGCCUGAGGUCUUUUAUCAGCACGUGGAAGGUGCUCUUGGAACAUACAAUGCCAAGAGAGUGUUGGAGAUUUAUGAAAUAUCCAGAACCAUGGAUCAAAACUUGUUCUGGACCAGGUUAUGCACAUUGUGUGGUGAUGUUAUGUUUUCCUUACCCUGCCACAUACUAUCAAAGGAACUAUGGCAGAGUGGCAAGAAACAACAUCGUUGUAUCCUCUCGCUGCGCAAUCCUUUCCCCGGGUCCUUCUUCUCUGGCGUCCUUGGCCAUCAUUUCAUUGAACUCGUCUACCAAUUCAUGACCUUCAUGGAGCGCUUACCUCUCCAGAGACAGCGCGAUGUCUGCGUCGGUUUUGUCCGGCGAUGGACGGCCUUUGCCUAUGGUGAAGAGCCAUGGUCUCAGUAUACAUGGGUAGAUGAGACGGUGGCGGUGGCAGAUUCCCGGGAGGGCUGGGUCGUGCGAUCACGAGUGAAGGACUUGGAGGUUUCUGUAUAUGACGAGGGCGGCCAGCGCCGCUAUGAGAAGUGGGAAGCAUUAGAUGAGCUGUUUCAAUCACUAGGGCAGAAGGCGCCGGCAGCCGUUGAGGCUCUGAGUUUCCCGACAUUAGUAGCUUUGGGAAACAAGUGA